AUGAUUCGGUCGCAGUGGCUUUCUCUCCUUUUGGCCGGCUUGAUCGCCGUCCCGGCGGCUCUUGCCAUUGACCUCAACAUCGAUGAUCCCAAUUCCCUCAAGGAUGUGGCCAAGCAGGCCGCGACUGACAUGAUCGCCUACUACAACGGCCGCGCGUCCAGCGACAUCCCCGGUAAAAUGGACGACACCUGGUGGGAAGGCGGUGCCAUGUUCAUGACCCUCAUCCAGUACUGGUACUGGACCGGCGACAGCCAGUUCAACGGCAUCGUUCAGGACGGCAUGUACUUUCAAAAGGGCAAUGACGACUACUUCCCCUCCAACUACAGCCAGUAUCUCGGCAACGACGACCAAGUCUUUUGGGGAUUGGCCGCAAUGACUGCUGCGGAAUUGAAUUUCCCGGAGCAGGAUAGCGAGCCGUCGUGGCUAGCGCUCGCUCAAGGUGUCUUCAACACCCAAGUGCCGCGUUGGGAUACCAGUAACUGCCGGGGUGGGAUGCGCUGGCAGAUCUGGCCCUGGCAGGACGGAUACACCACCAAGAACGCCAUCUCCAACGGAGGGCUGUUUCAGCUCGCCGCUCGUCUGGCCCGUUUCACCAGCAACCACACUUAUGCGGACUGGGCGGAACGCAUCUGGGACUGGAGUGCCACAACUCCAUUGUUGAGCGAGGCCGGUUGGACCAUCGCCGACACGACCUCGUGUGCCUCUCAAUGCACAGAUCACGGCGAUUUCCAAUGGAGCUACAAUUACGGCACCUACAUCAGCGGGGCUGCCUACAUGUACAACCACACUGAUGGUGCGGAGAAGUGGAAGGAUGGAAUCAACGGGCUGUGGGGGACCGCACAGCAGUUCUUCCCAACCCUAGGGUUUGACGGAGAUGAGGGCAACACCAUGGCCGAGAUCAGCUGCGAGCUGGGCGAGGAUUGCGACCGCAAUCAAUCCUGCUUCAAGGCAUUCUUUUCCACCUGGCUCGCCUUCAUGACCACCCUCGUGCCCUUCACCACCGAGCAGGUGAUGGCCAAGCUCCGGACGAGUGCGCAGGGAGCCGCCAAGCAGUGUACAGGCGGUACCAACGGCCAACAAUGCGGGCGGCGGUGGUAUCAGUCGACCUGGGACGGCACGCAGGGUUUGGAGCAGCAGAUGAGCGCGCUAGGCAUCUUCUCCGCAAGCCUGGUUGACGACCAACAAGCGCCGCUGACGUCCAGGACGGGCGGAACCUCGAAGAGCAACCCGGGUGCGGGAACAAGUAACUCGAACGAUGAUGCCCCGCAGUUGCGACCCAUCACCACGGGCGAUCAGGCUGGGGCGGGUAUCGUGACCGUCAUGUUCGUGGCCGGAUGGGUGCUGUCCGUGACGUGGAUGAUCCGGGGCGGUUGA